CUGUUUUCCUCCCACUGCCACCUUACCAAGGCCCUUCUUUUCAUAACCACCUUCCUUUUGUGUUUUUUGUUUCAGGCCAAUAUCUUAAGGCCUUGUUUGCUUGCUUUUUUAAGCAUUCCCAUCCCAUCAAUUUCAGACAACCCUUCCCCCAGGCGGAAGUCUAGUUUAUAUAUCAGAAGUUCGAAUGGCUGCGACAGAGACAAAAGUAGUGGAGGUGAAAGAAGUGGAUGAACAGAUAGAGCUCAAAUGCAAGACAUACGUGUUGAAGGUCUCCAUUCACUGCGAAGGCUGCAAAAGGAAAGUUAAGAAAAUACUGCAGAGUAUAGAUGGUGUUUACGACAUAAACAUCGAUUUGAGGAAACAGAAAGUCACGGUAAAGGGCAACGUAGACGGCAAGACGCUGAUAAAGAAGCUAACAAAAUCAGGGAAGCAUGCAGAGUUGUGGCCUGAAAAGUCCGCUUCAAAAAAGAAAAAGCAAGGGAAAUCUGAGAACCAAGAGAAACAGAACAACCCCGAGAGCAGAGAAGACAGCAACCAAGACGAUGAUGAAAGAGAAGGCGGUGUACAGUUUCAAGAACCAAUAACAGAGGUGAAGCAGGUUGUGACUGUAUCGGGCGGUAACCAGCCCCCACUGCCGGGUGGCAACGAAAAUGAAGCAGGGAACGAGAGAAGUGACGGUGGAAAGAAAAAGAAGAAGAAAAAGAAGAAGAAGGGGAAUAACAGUGGAACCGGGGGCGGUGAACGUUCUGGCGAUGCACCGGCGAAUCAGGGACAGGUUCAAGUACUGGAAGCGGUCCCAAUUCCAAGCACAGGCAAUCAGAAUCUUCCAGGUCAUGACAUUGGCCAUCAUUACCCACCACAUCAUUACCAUGCACCACCAGCGUAUACGGGGAACUGUCACACGACAUAUGCCGGCAACAGCUACAGCACAGCGAAUUAUAACCCCAAAGGAUCGUAUUCGUGCGCCCACGUACAUCCAAGCGACGAGACGGGAAUGGAGCCUUCGCCGUACGAUUCCGAACCGUAUACAUUGCGGCCGUCGGAUUCUUUUGUUCUUAGCGACGACAAUCCGAACGGAUGCGCAGUCAUGUGAGUACGAUCGCCAAGCGUGAGGGGUGAUUUUGUAGUAACAAGUAGAUGUAGAAGAACACAAUACGGAUUUAGUGUAGUUUAAUUAAAAAGGAGGGUCCUUUUUUUUUUCUGUAGGUAGAAUUUUUAUCUUAAUGAUCCUACAGUGUAUGCGACUCUUUCUCCGGUGCUUAACCUGCCCCUUGUGUGUGAGGGUGUUUACCUAAAGUUUACAUAAUUUUUCUGACUUGGAGACUAAAAGGGAUCGUGAAUGUGUGGUACGCAUAUGUGCUUUGUAUCAUACUUUGUUUUUAGGCCGGGAGUGCUUCGUAUUGUGCUGGUUAUAUCUAAAA